AUGAAGUUCACUGUUGCCGCAACUCUCGCCACGGCGGGCUCCCUGGCGGCCGCCCACGGCCACGGCCACGGCCAUGCUCACCUGCACCAGCGCGCUGCCGAGACUCAGACUGAGACUGCGGUCACGGCUGGUCCCACCGUCUAUGACUUCGUGGUCAUGGACCCCAACAGCGGCUCCCCCAAGGUGAUCAGCGGAGAAGAGGCCUGCGCCGGUCUCGCCAAGCACGAAUUCGAAUGGUUCGACGGCGCCAUCCCUGACGCCUGCCCUCCCGCAACCAGCUCCGCCGAUGUCAGCCCGACCGCGACUGUUGCUGCCCACGUGCUCAUGGAGACCGCUGCCGUGGUCAUCUCCACCACCAGCUCCGAGGUCCCUACCACUACUUCCACCAUCAGCUCGACCAGCUCGACAAGCUCUACCUCGACCUCCUCCACUAUCAAGACCAGCUCCACCAGCUCCGCCGCUCCUACCCACACCGCCUCCGUCAGCCACGCUACUGGCAUCAACGCUGAGUUCCCUGACGGUGAAAUUGACUGUAACGAAUUCCCCUCCGACUACGGUGCUGUUGCCCUGGACUACCUGGGUCUGGGUGGCUACUCUGGUAUCCAAUAUGUCACCAUCGCCGGCUCAUUCGUCACUGAGAUCGUGACCGCCAUCACCGGCAACAGCUGCAAGAGCGGCGCCAUGUGCUCGUAUGCCUGUCCCCCUGGCUACCAGAAGUCCCAGUGGCCCACCACUCAAGGUUCCACUGGCCAGUCCGUGGGUGGUCUGCACUGCAAGAACGGAAAGCUCUACCGCACCAACCCGGCCUUCAAGACGCUCUGUAUCGAGGGUACCGGUGGUGUUCAUGUUCGCAACGAGCUCAGCAACACCGUGGCUGUUUGCCGUACCGACUACCCCGGCACCGAGUCCGAGACCAUCCCCCUCGCCGCUCAGCCCGGUGAGGUGGCUCCUCUGACCUGCCCCGACGCCAACACCUACUACCGCUACCUUGGCAAGGGCACUUCCGCUCAGUACUACGUCAACAACAACGGUGUUUCCGUCGAGGAGGGUUGCCAGUGGGGUGAUGGUUCCAAGCCUGUUGGCAACUGGGCCCCCAUGAACUUGGGUGUCGGCCGCACCGACUCUGGCACCUGGCUGUCUAUGUUCAAGAACGAGCCGACCACCGAUGCCGACCUGAACUUCAAGGUCAAGCUGGUUGGUGAUGACCUCAGCGACAACUGCCGCUACGACGGUGCUGGUAACUUCUACAACAACGCCGGUCUCAUCCAGGGCAACAACGGAUGCACUGCCAAAUCCGCCUCUGGCAACGCCUACUUCGUUUUCUACGACUAA